GAGAAACAGCGAGGGGGAGAGAGAGCAAGGGAGGGAGAGAGAGAGAGAGAGAGAGAGAGAGGAACCUGUACUGUUCUACAACACAAGGAGACAGGAAUUCGCCAGAGAUAAUAAUAAUUCUACGCGAUUUUUUGGCAAAGUUGAUCCGCGGGUCGCUGUUGUCAGUCGCUGCACUGGAAGGCAGAGAGUAUCUCCUCUUUAUCUCUGCUGGAUCUGGACUCUUUCUGUUUGCUUUUGGAGAGCUGCACUGGUCCCUUUUUUUGUGUGUGUGUGAGAGAGUGUUAGAGCUCAGCGGUGUUUUAACUGAUGCUGCCUUGUUUUCUUCAGUAUUAGUUUAGAGUUUUUCCACUGGGCGGGUUAACAAGCCGGCAUGAUUUCAUCAAUGUGAAUCAGUCAGCCUGAUAAGACGUGACCCAGAUGGGAUCUCCAGCUCUUUUUAUACGGCCAUCCAUCAUGACCACGUAGCCACAUGAGCUCCCUCUCACGGAGGAUGAUAUACAUGCAGGCCGUGCUUUAGAGAGCUCACUGUUAUAUGACCUGAAAGCUGCUGAUACACAUAAACACAGAGGAUGAAGAAGAGAAUCUGGUGAAAUGAAGAACAGAACUUUGGUGGAUUAGCUACGCUGACACAGAAACCUCUCAAAACUCCCUGCCACUGACAUAAUGAUGACCUGAAAUUGAAGGAAAACUCUAUUCUGAGAAACAAUUCUCAGUAUUAUGUUAUCUGCUAGGCCUUUAUUAGCCUGAACAAAACUUAAUGUUUUGCCACGUGUGUCUAAGCAAAUGUUAAAGCUUUCAGUCUUUAAUUCAUUGACAGUGUUCAGUGAAGAUGAAUAGAUGGUGUGGUGUCCAGUAACCGGAGAGCAAGUUGUAAAUGAGCUGCUAUGCUAGCAGAGGGAUUUCUGGAUGACUGAAGGCAGAUAGCAUUUUAACUGAUUGACAAAGGCACACUGGACUCCCCUAGAUGUGCAGUUGCAGAUAGCAGUGGUUUCAAGUUUUUUUGAGCUUGUGAAAGGCCAGAUAGAUAGGGUAGAUUACCUUGUACCAUGAAUCCUAGAGAUAGUGUGGAAGUGAUGGAAACACAGGCAGGAGGUCAGAAGGAGAAGCUGGUUGGAGACAAGAUCAACCCUGGAAAUGAGAUUGAGGGUGAGGAUGACAAAAUCCCUGGGACUUAUGACUGCAAUGUCUGUGGACGCAGCUUCCCAUUCCUUAGCUCUUUGUCGCAGCAUAUGAGACGCCACACAGGUGCACGCCCUUACAAAUGCCCCUACUGUGACCACAGGGCCUCUCAGAAGGGCAACCUCAAAGUUCACAUCCGCAGCCAUAAACUGGGCACGCUCUCUAGCCAUCACUCCAAUGAUGAUGAAGAGGGUGGGGCAGAGGAGGAGGAGAUGAGCGUUUCAGAGGGUCUUGAUGGAGGUACGAGUCCAACUAAGAGCAGCUCUGCCUGUAACCGGAUGAUCAAUGGGGACAGUGGUGAGGAGAGUCGGAGGAAAGUGCCUGCAAGGAGCAUGAAAAGGGAGAAACCUGUUACCGACCAGAGGCCUUACUGUUGUCGUCUUUGUGGCUACGAGGCCCAGCGAGAAGACCAGCUCCUCAGCCACAUUGAAAAGGUCCACAUCACAGCAGACACAGAAGAGGAGACAACUGCUAAGGAGGAGGGUGUGACUGAGCCUGAUGUCAUCCAGCCCCAGAAUGAUGGGACCUUCCCCUGUGAGACCUGUGGCCAGGUCUUUACCCAAGCCUGGUUUCUGAAGUCGCACAUGAAAAAACAUGCAGGGAUCCUGGACCACUGCUGUCGUAUUUGUGGACGGCGGUUCCGCGAAGCAUGGUUUCUCAAAUCUCACAUGAAAACACACAACACCAAAUCUAGGUCACGGUCAAAAGCAGAUUUAGCUGAGCAUCCAGCCACCAUCAACGAUGUAGCCCAGGAUCCCGAUAUUGUUACUGGCUCUAUUACAUCUAUCUAUCAAAUGUGCUGUAAAUGUGGGAACCUGUUUCACAACAGAGAGAGUCUAAGAGCCCAUGAUAAGGUCCAUAGUGUUAGUUAUGGCAGGAAAUCCCAGAGCCACUGCAGACCCAGUGAUGAUGACGACUCACCAGCUGCUAAGAGACGUUUCCUUGACUACUUAAACCUCAAGCCUGUUGAGGAAAAGACCUUGGAUGAAGAGGAGGAAAGUGAAAUUCUGGGUCAAAGAAUCCCAGAGCUAGAUCCAGUUUGCAGCUACCAGGCCUGGCAAUUAGCUACUAAAGGAAGGGUUGUGGAGCCAGUGGAGCCUAAUUACAAGGCCUCCUAUGGGGGAGGAAGUAUGGGGGAGGAGGCCCUUGCUGGAGCUGCUGUAGUGUUUGAGAAGGAGAGCAGUCGUUACGUCCUGCAAGGUCAAGAGAAGCGCAGCUCAGGCAGACGCAGCAGUUCUGGGUUGGGAAGCCAUGUCUCCUCAGGGGACCGGACACCAGAGAGCCUCAGUGACUCAGAGUACCGGCCUUCAUCUCGCCAAGACCGACGACGGCCAUCCCAGUCGCAAGCUCCCUCCAAGUCCAAUGAGUGCUUUGAAUGCGGAAAGGUGUUCCGCAGUCGUCAUCAGAUGAUUGUCCACCAGCGGGUCCACAGGAAGGAGGGAGGCAGGGCAUCUGUGGGGGACAAAGAAAGAACUUCAAGGGACGACCGUUGGGGCUCUACCAGUGAUCCAGAGUCGGGCUCUCCCAGCAGGCCCUGUACCCCAGGGUAUGGAGACUCUCCCCCAGGCUCCACCCUUGGAGAUCAGGCUUCAGAGAUGGGUACCUCAAAUUCCGGCGAACGUUCAGAUGAGAAGCCUUACAUCUGCAGCUUGUGUGACUUUGUUACCACAGAGUCACAGGCUUAUCUGACUCAUGUUCGUGUCCAACACCCGCCUGCCCCUGAUGAUCGACCAAGCCCCAUUCCCAGCCCCUUCAGCUCGGACAGAGGCACUCCCAGUGGUUACCCCAAGCUGAAGAAAGCUCUUCUCCAGGGACUGAACAGCUCUGCUCGAUCAUCCCCGCUCGAUCCCAGCAUGACCCCCGUGGAUCUAUGUGUAAGGGCUGAAGGCAUCAGGGGGAUAGCCAGCUUAACCUUUGACAGGAAGGCCCUCCCAAGCCACAAGUGCUCCUUCUGCUCCCACUCCACCCGCUACCCCGAGGUGCUCUGGAUGCACCAGACUGUGGCUCACCGCAUCAACAGCAGUAGCUCCAAUCUGGCUCCUAAAUGGGCCUUUAAAAACAACUCAAAGGGCUCCAGGGACAGCUCGUUAUCCUCCAGGAGACGCACUGGUCCGCCACCAGUCCUGGAGGGGAAGGAAUGUCCACCGCUGCCUCCACUCAUGCGUUCCCAACGCACCCGGCCUCCAACCUACUCCAGCGAGGUUCUAAAGAAGAGCAAGCCAGCCAGUCAUGCAGCCACACCAUCAUCGUCAUCAUCAUCAUCCUCCUCUACCCCAUCCUCCUCACUCACCAGGGGUUCCUCAUCCUCCUCGAGCACCCAAGCUGGGAGAGUCCCUGUACGGCCUGGCAGCAGCACUAGCAGCAGCAUCAGACACACAGAGGACCAGAGUCAUCAGUCUCGCUUCAGACCCAAAGUGGAUAUUUAUCCCCGGGGAAGUUCGCUGUCAUCCUCCAGCUCCUUAGAGAAGAGCACUGGCGCCCUCUCACGUUCCUCAGCCCCAAACCCCAGCUCUACUUCAGCUUCCAGGAUGACUGACCGCUAUAUGAUGCCUCAAGAGGGCCUCGGCUUCAUGCUGUCCAGCAAACAUGGCCUGGCGGAGUACAGCCGCGCCAGGGGCUCCCCUCACCAACCGCUUCCCAAUGCCCACAACCAGGUCCGGGCUAACACCACAAGGCCCGGCACCAUCACCCAUAGCUCCACAGCAGGACACAACUAUGGAGCCUCCCAGGCACACGGAGGCACUCUGCAGAAUUCCUCCUCUUCCUCCUCCUCCUCAUCCUCUUCUUCUUUGCCUUUGGAGACUCGUGGAGAUGUAAAGCAGGAGCCAAAUGCAGAGACACCGGAGAUGCCAAAUGACAUCCUCAGCUUCCUCAAAAACUACAGCCCCCACGAACUUGCUGCCCUCUACCACCGCUGGGGUUCGGCUAACGCCCUACUGGAUCCCACUGGGAUGCUGAGGUCCCUCAUGCGACAGGGGCAGUAUUUCUGUCAUGAGUGUGGGAAGAGCUUCAGUCAGCCCAGCCACCUGCGCACUCACAUGAGAUCCCAUACAGGGGAGAGGCCAUUCUGCUGCCAGCUCUGCCCAUACCGAGCCUCUCAGAAAGGGAACCUAAAGACGCAUGUCCAGAGUGUCCACCAUAUGCCUUUUGACAACAGCCAGUACCCGGACACACGGAGCCUGCUACUGAGCCAGGAGGAGCGAGGAGCGCUGGCUGCCAAACACCCACCGACCCCACAACAACAACAAUAACAGUAAACCCUCUGAUAGACUGACCAGGAUCUGGACCUGGGACCAGGGUCAAUCCAGAGUCCAGAGACCAGAUUAGUCAGGGAAUCACACAACCCUAAAACACUGUCACCAUUCCUAAAUAUCAGAGGACUGGAAAUAGGACUCAAGACUCACGAUUGACUUUUUGAGCCUCUCCUUUCCACCCACCAUCCUUUAAUGAUCUUAGAAGAAGUAGUUUUUGAAAGUUUUUUUUUUUUUAAUUGUAAAGAAGCUAGUUAAAGCUGUGCUUGGCAAUUGUAAAAUAACAAAAUGGGGCCACAGAAAAAGAGUGUCUUAUCUCCUAAUGGAAAUAAUUCACAGUGAAAUUCUGCAGUUUGAAAUUCAGGUGUCAGUUAUGCUCAGUGGGAAUUCUUCUCCACAAGAAGAAGUGAAGAGUGAAAUGUAAAGAGUUAGGAGGAAAGCUGGACUCACCAACUGAUGUUUGAUCUUUUGCUUCUCUUGGUCUUUUUUUAGUGUGAAGUUUGGCAAAAAUAAGUAAGUUGUGUUUAGUUUACAUCACCUUAUCGGAAUAUGGAGGCCCUCCGAAAUGAAAUAGUUACCUCUUGCUGCCACUUUGGAGGUACCAGCAAGUGAAGUUGCUUAGCGCAGCUUCACAUAAAAAGCAACAUUUGUAUGAAAAGAAGAGGAAAAAAUGAACUUGAAUGUAACUGCAAUUUAGUCAAGAACUGUGGCAUCACUUUGGCUGCUGUAGUUGCAACCCCCCACCCCCCAAACCCCCAUUAUUUUUUAGCUUUAUGAUAUGAGUUUGUGCAUUCCUCAGGACACCAAUCAUCUAAGAGAUGACACGAGGGAGGAGAAAGAUGUUCUGCCCUUCAUCAACAGUCAACUGACACAUUGCAAGUUUGUCUCCUCUGGGUUCUUGCAUCUGUGCGUGUGUGUGUGUGUGUGUGAGAGAGAGAGAGAGAGAGUGUCUGCGUGUACAAGUGUGUUAAAAUCACUUCCCUCCACUCCAGAGUGCAGUGACCACUCUGAGGCUGUGCAGCUCAUGAUUAGAAAGAGAGAGAGAGAGAGUGUUGGAGAGAGGUAGGAUUAAAAAGAAGGAGGGAGAGAGAGAGAGAGACAGAGAGAGAGAGAGAGAGAGAGAGAGAGAACGCUAAUGGGGGUGUCUGCUUUAGUGCUCAUUAAAAAGAGUGUGCGUUUUUAAUAGCCAAUAUAAAUGAGCGUACCAUUUUUAUGGUCAUUCAAUUAUUGUCCAUUUAAGAGGAAGGGACUGAGUGGAGGCAGUUUCCCUCCAUAACUCCAUCAUAUUAGAGUGUAUUUCCCACACCAACACUUCUGACUUUGAAUUAGGCUCCAAAACAGUGGGAGUGGCAGGAGGAUGUUAGCGGACUGCACAGAUUAAACUCCACUUUAUGUACAUACAAAGGAAAAUAUGAUACUGGUAGUGUCUAGCCAGGAAAGAUGUAUCUUUAUGUUUCCCAUAAAGACCCAACACUUUUGGUGUCAAUCUCACCCAAACACCCAAAACAGGGUCACAAUGUAAUCUGAGGAAGUCACAAGUUAGUUAUUGGGACAGGGGAAAAUCAGAAAUAUACUUUUUCAUACAUUAUUUUCUUGUAAAAAAAGUGGAAAUCAUCUAAAAGUUAUUCAAAUUAAGCAAGGUUUGCAGAAGGACAGAGUGAAGGGGUCAGCAAGGAAGAGAGAGACAGAGCAGCCAGGGGUCAGGAGGUCAGGUUUCCAGAGAGUUCAGGGAUAAAUACAUGAGGUGGAGAAAUUUCGAAGCCUACUGAACUGCAGAGUUGUCACAGCCUUAACACAGGUGUGUGUAUGUGAGUGUGCAUUAAUGCAUGUGUAUGUGCAUUCUUUUCAAACCUCUCCAUAUUGUAUAAGAGGUUCACUAACUUCUGUGUACUCCAGCCUCCCUCUAAUGCUUUGCAUACUAGCCUACCUCCUUUGCAAUGAAAGCCUGUUUAAAGUUUGUCGGCUGGUAUAAAGGUAGAGCUGUUCUUUGCAAGGACGAUUUUUUUUCCUUUGGUGUUCUGUGCACAGUUUUCCCCCCUCAGUGGUCUCCCAAGACUGAAUAAGCCAUGCCUUGAUGCGCGGGGGAAAGAAGAAGAAGAAGAAGAAGAAGAAGAAGAAGACGACAGUUCAAAGUAGCUCCAACUUAAAGAGCAAGAGUAGAACUGUUGAUUUGCGGAGACUUUUUUUUUGUAAAAUCAAAAUUCACACCAGUUAAAGAUUACGGAGCAUACAGAGUACUGUACUUCCCAUCUAUUUUGAGACCUCAGUAGUUUUUACAUGAUGAUGAAAUGGUUGUUUUACCAGUGGGUUGUUUAAAUUUGCAUACAAUAUUGUGUGCUUGAAUAUGCCUAAUAAUACACAAAUGUGUAAACUGAAGGUGUGGGUAGUGAAAAUACUUGAAACGGAUACUCUAGCCUUCGAGGUAGUGUAGUACUAAUACCAAUGUACAGAAUUCCCUUUAAGAUUAACUCCUCAGUUUUGAAUUUGUACUCCGAAGUGUGACUUAGAAAAACUAUGAAGCAGGAGUGAGUGUAUGUAAUAUAAACUGUAUAUCUGUAAUCCACUUUUACCAAACCCUUUAUAUACAGCAGUAGAAACCAAAUGGCAUUACUAGUGCACUUAGACUAGGUUACUGCUUUAACUGUUCUCAUUUUGUCCGAUUCUAGCUAAGGUUUCUUUGAGAAUGUCCUUUUACUGGUGCCAGCUAACACACUUCAAUGUCAGCUCUGUUUUCGAGGCUUGUUUGUUAGGAUGAUUCCAUAGAUUUUAAUGACAGAUGAUUUGUUCUGUGAUGGCUGUGUGGCACAGCUUUUUAGCUAUGUUUCCUCAUGGAAAGUUUGAUAAUGCUAGGUGCAGCAGUGCUUAUUUUUUCAUAAAGAUGUAAGAGUGUGUUUUUAGUCUUUCUCUUUGCUAAACUGUAGGAUUUGUUCAGUAGCUAGUCAUGGCUGCCCUCCCAGAGGGACUGGCAGGUGUUGUUCUUUUCUCUUUGGUUGGGUUUUUAUCAUGCCUCUUAAGUUGUAUUAUUUGUGUCCGUAUUGCUUUUUUUAUUUGUUAUGAACUUCAUGAUUAAUUUACCUUUAGAAGACAUUAUUAUUCCAAAUGUAUUUGGUUGAUAUCUGUAUUUAUUAUCACAUCAAAAAGGAUAAGAGGACAGAGGCAGACAGGAGCGUGUGUUUUAAUUUGAUUUUUCUGGGUUGUUUUUGUUUUAUACCGUGUCGUUUUCAAGCCAGCAAGCCGAUGUGAAAGCUCUACCUCGUCUGAGCCAUUCUCAGUUCUGUUACACUUUUGUACAUCAUUUCAAAAAGAUGUAAUGUCAUGUCCACAAUAAAGACACACAAAAUAGCA